GAAACAUCUAACAUUGAUCUUAUACGCGUAAACGUUGUUCCAGAUGCCCACGACGCGAAAUCGUUGGAUCUGCGUUUUGAGCCCCCUGGCGACUCCUCCAGCACAGCCCUUGGCGCGCUCCGCGCGACAUGGGGCGGGGGGGGGGCAGCGCCAACCCAAGAAGUCCACGGGGGCCUUCGAGAGAUUACGUUUAUGCGUAUGCAUCUUCUUCAAGGAAGAGGUUCCGGAUGUAACGGCGUUCUGAGUUGUCUCGUUGUGUUGGCCUCCUGGGCCCUUCCGAGGCCCUGGGGUUGUCAGUAGACCGGCUGGGGAUGAACAGCUGAUGUUGGGGAGCGCUUUUGGAUUCACCCGUUUCUUGCAAGCCAAAAGGUGGCGGACGGCAAGAAGAAUUUGGGCGGCUCGUGGGGGAAUUUCUUCCCCGAUCUCAGCCACAAGCUCACAGCAGUAGAGUGGAUGAGUGCGUUCCAUUACGUGAACGAUUGGUCACGCGGAGGCAACUCGAAGGUAACACCUGAUGAGUUCAAGCGGGCUGUCGGUCUCUUCGACGUCGCUGAUAUUUUCAACGUUUUCGAGUUCAUCGAGAGCCUCGGUGAGGGUAAGUGCCCACACUUCCAUGAUUGGUCUUGGCACCAGGCACAUUCAGAUCCGAAUGAUGGUCAUGAGAUCGACCAGUGUGAGUGGAACCAGUUGCCAGGUUACCUCGAGUCCCAGCUCCGUAUGUUCAAAUAUUCAGGCAGGUAUCAUUGGGACGCCACCCACGGCGUAUCUGCAGGAUUUUUCGCUGAAGUUGUUGCAAGGAUGGUCACACUAUUUUUCAAAUCGCAUUCAGGCAGCGGCCCAUAUCCACAUGGUGGUUCCCCAUGGCAACCUCCUCAACCUUUCUGUGCACGUUUUGGGAAUAGCGUGAAAGACACAGGCAGUUGUUUAUUCGAGAAUGCGAAGGCGAAUGGAGGUUGGAGGCAGGAAUUUCAAUUCAUCGCUGGUCCCGAUCGGCUUCUGUCAAAAGAUGAGUGGGCGGCUCGAGUCGGCAAUACGCACGCGUCAAUGGUGAUAUUCAUGGCGAUGGCGACGCAGGAAGACCACCACGCCGACGAUCCGAACAGCAUCGACAUGCAAGAUUGGAUUCACUGGAUGCAAAGUACCAAGCAGGCAAUGUUGCCGAAUCCUCGCAGAAGGCGGGGUCAGAAGAUGUCCCGAGAAUCAUUUGGUAAUUACGCUGCUGCUCGUGUCACAGCUGAGCUGAUCUUCGAGGUGGCCGACGGCAAGAAGAAUUUGGGCGGCACUUGGACAAGUGUCUUUCCUGAUCUUCGCCACGAGCUCACCGCAAUGGAAUGGAUGAAUUCGUUUCAUUAUGUGAACGAUUGGUCAUAUGGAGGGAAUGCGAAGAUAACCUCCGAUGAGCUUAAGCGAGCCGUUGGUCUGUCCGAUGUUAAUGACAUCUUUGAAGUUUUUGAGUUCUUCGAGGGUCUCGGUGAGGGUAAGUGUCCAUCUGCUCAUGAUUGGCACUGGUUCCAGCAGCACACGGAUCCAAAUGAUGGUCAUGAGAUCGAUCAGUGCGAGUGGAACCAAUUGCCGAAUUUCCUCGAGUCCAAGCUUCGACAAUGGCAGUACGGGAGCAAGUACCAUUGGAACGCCUACCAGGGCAUCUCCGCCGGAUUCUUCUCCGAGGUUGUUGCCCGAAUGGUCGCAAAGUUCUUCAGAGACCACAGCAAGUGGUGACCACGGUGCGAGCCCGUGCGGCGUUCGCAGCGGCAGCGGCGGUCGGAGGGGGAUGCCGUCGCCCUAUUAGCCUUCCGCGCCUGCACUGCGAGCCUUGUGUGCUGCAGCACUGUAGCCGCCUGUGCCGCUCUCGUCGCUCACUGUCGUCUCUGCCAUUCCCUGGGGGCGGUGCAGCAUGCACGACACAUGCGCGCGGUGGCGUGAAUGGCCUGCAUGGCGUGUCGCAUCUCGCCGGCUCUGCCAUCCUCUGACCUUUCUGCUGGCUGGUCCUGCCGUCGUGCACCUGCGGGGCAGCGAUGCUAGUGAGGGGCGCGGGGAAGCUGUCUCUGAGGCCGAAGGUGGAACUGCAUCACAGCGGAGGCGGCCCGAUGUAAUCGAAAC